AUGUCGACGACUACAGACUACUCCCAGAUCCCCACGCCCGCCGCGGCGUACGCCGACUUCUGCCUCAUCCCCGUCGGCACAGGCAGCGUCUCCGUCGCCAACGAGGUCGCGCAGGUCCAGCGCCUGCUCAAGGCAAGCGGGCUCAAGUACACGAUGCACUCGGCCGGCACCACCGUCGACAACCUUGUGACGUUCCGGCGUUUUGCAGAGGGAAGCUGGGACGAUGUUUUCCGCGUCAUCGGCCAGGCUCAUUCCCUCGUUCACCAGAGCGGUGUCGUGAGGAUUCAGUCCUCGAUGCGCGUGGGCUCGAGGACGGACAAGAAGCAGUCUGCCGCAGACAAAGUCAAGCGUGUCGAGGGUAUUCUGGCGCAGGACGAGUAG